AUGUAUGAUAAGCUCUCACAAUCGGAAGACAUACGUAAGCGUGGCUGGCGCAUAUUAAAGACAAUCGUAACUGUGUUAUCCCAUCCAGAAAUGGGGCUACAUCUACAAAUGGUUAUCACGGUGGCAACGUUUUUACUAGUCGCGCACACGCACGUGUAUAUGAGGCAAGUCCUUCCGCUCGUCCCCUACGCCAUUACCUUUGCAUUACUCGUGGAACCAUUGCGUGAUGGGCGGCCCAUCGAUUGGAAGUCUAUGCGGACAUUCAGCGCGAGGUUUAAAUUGGUACUUCUGCUGAUUCUAGGGAAUACGGUGCUGUGCUUCGUCGGAGGUGCGCUGUUCGCCAACUUCAUCGGAUUCACGUAA